AUGAGAAUCACCUCUCGUUUCCCUCAUUACGCAAAUUGGUGUUGCUCUCUUCAGCGAGAGCAGCUACGGCAAAAGGCGCUAAAGCGCUUUUUGUCCCGGCUGGUCGUUGUGGCGACGGACUUCCGUGGCGGCUACUUCGCUUCUUUACGGUUUGGAUGUCGCCUUUUCGUCUGUCAACCUCUUAGCGAAGAACCGCGUUUGAAUAUCCGCGUAGGAGAUGAAUAUGUGAUCACACGUGGUCAACGCGGGUGGUUGUAUGGUCAUAAACGGGAUAACGACAAGUACAAAGGAUGGUUCCCACGAGUUUGUGUUCGAUUUACUGAUAAAUAUCCGUUUCAAACGGGAGCAAAAGAAGCAUCUCCUGAUGAGUCUAAGCUCAACACUCUACAGGGGAAGAAAGAGGAGAAUUGA